AUGUCUGCUCUUGAGUCUACGCCUUCCAAGCAGGUCGCAUCCGCGAUUGACUCGCUCAAGAUGAACGACUCGCCCGCAAAGAAGCUUGACUUCUCGCCUGCACAGAAGGAGAACACCUUCAAGCCCAUCGUCGGCAUCCCAGAUGACUUCGAGGAUGACCUUGAGGAGGUCAAGCCCACCGUCGCGCCCACGAUCAAGGAGGAGGAGGCCGAAGAGCCCCUCCUUCAAGAGAACCCUGGACGCUUCGUCCUGUUCCCCAUCAAGUACCACGAUGUCUGGCAGAUGUACAAGAAGGCCGAGGCUUCUUUCUGGACCGCAGAGGAGAUCGAUCUCUCCAAGGAUCUCCACGACUGGAACUACCGCCUGAACGAUGACGAGCGCUUCUUCAUCUCCCACGUCCUCGCCUUCUUCGCCGCCUCCGACGGCAUCGUCAACGAGAACCUCGUCGAGCGAUUCUCGAGCGAAGUACAAAUUCCCGAGGCGCGAUGCUUCUACGGCUUCCAGAUCAUGAUGGAGAACGUCCACUCCGAGACCUACUCUCUUCUCAUCGACACAUACAUUAGCGAGCCCAAGCAGCGCCGCUACCUCUUCAACGCCAUCGACAACAUUCCCUGCAUCCGCAAGAAGGCUGACUGGGCCAUGCGAUGGAUCUCCGACAAGAACUCUACUUUCGCCAACCGUCUUGUCGCCUUCGCUGCUGUUGAGGGUAUCUUCUUCAGCGGCUCCUUCGCAUCCAUCUUCUGGCUCAAGAAGCGUGGCCUGAUGCCCGGUCUUACCUUCUCCAACGAGCUCAUCUCCCGUGAUGAGGGUAUGCACACCGACUUCGCCUGCCUUCUCUUCUCUCUCCUCAAGAACAAGCCCAGCCUCGAGUCUGUCAAGGCCAUCAUUACCGAGGCCGUUGAGAUUGAGCAAGAGUUCCUCAGCGACGCUCUGCCAUGUGCUCUGCUCGGCAUGAACGCCAAGCUCAUGUGCCAAUACAUCGAGUUCGUUGCUGACCGUCUGCUGUUGGCUCUUGGCAACACCAAGGCCUACCACGCCACCAACCCCUUCGACUUCAUGGAGAACAUCUCGCUAGCCGGCAAGACCAACUUUUUCGAGAAGCGCGUCGGUGACUACCAGAAGGCUGGUGUCAUGGCUAGCACAAAGAAGCACGAGAAGGACGGCUCAUCUACGCCCGCUCCUGAGCCCCAAGGCCAGUCCGGAGACUUCUGCUUCGACGAGGACUUCUAG